GGCAGGACCGCCGCAGCCCGGCCGGCCGGCCAUGAGCUCGGGACCCGAGCCCCGGGCAGCCCGGACACCCUUCAGCAUCGCGGACAUCCUCGGCCCCAGCGUGGUCCCUCGAGGAGCCUCUUCGUCGCUGCAGCUCCCAGAGCCGAGCCCAGGCCCCACGUCGCCGCUGUGCGCGCUGGAGGAGCUGGCGAGCAACGCUUUCCGCGGACGGGACGGGCUCGCUCAGCGGCCCCCUGAAGGCCGCGCGGCCCCGGGCGCCCCGGGCCAGGGCUCCGCGGGCCGCAGGCGGCGCAAGUCCCGCACGGCGUUCACGGCGCAGCAGGUGCUGGAGCUGGAGCGGCGCUUCGGGGCCCAGCGGUACCUGGCGCCCGCCGAGCGGGCCGGGCUGGCGGCGCGGCUCGGCCUGGCCAGCGCGCAGGUCGUCACGUGGUUCCAGAACCGGCGCGCCAAGCUCCGGCGGGACGCGGAGGAGAUGCGCGCCGACCUGGCCUCCCUGCGCGCGCUGAGCCCCGAGGCCCGGGGCCGCCUCGCGCUGCCCGACCUGGGCCCGGCGCGGCCAGACUCCGGGCCCCACCUGGCGGACGAGGAGAUCCGGGUGGACGAUUGAAGGCAGAGCCGCCGCCCUCGCUCUUCCAGCCCUCUCGCCUCGGCGCUCCGCACCCUGUUCGGGGUUGCGCAUGGAGGGUGGCUGAGGACCUCGGCUUCUUCCGGCUCCCAGUGCAGACGCCCACCUUUCCUAGUUGUUGAGAAUAAAGUGGAGACUCCAUUG